AUGGACGCAAAAGAGCUGGACCAACUACUUGAGGGACAACUCAGCUGUGUCAAGAAGCUGUCCGACACCACUGCCCUCGUGGGACACCAUGAACCCCUACCCAAAGAGGCGCAACUGGCCAACCUCAAGAUCUACACAGAUGCCACAUCAACAUCAGAUGUUCCCCAUGACCUUGAGCACUCAACCAUUCCUGACCGCCCCUGUGACACCAUAGAGGACAAACCCCAGCAACCCAACAGACCAAAGAGAGAGCUAGAAGAGACCAGUGACACAACGGAAUACGUCAGCAAAAAACCCAAGUCGACCAGUAUGUUCAGCCCACUCUCCAGCAAUGCUCGAAAGAACCUCGCAGUAGCGCUGGGUCUGACAUCAACAAAAUCAAUAUACUUUGGCCGACCCUCUGAACUAUCAGAGCCAAGACGAACGUACAAGACCAAAGCCGAUGGCAACUGCUACUUCCGAUCCAUCAGUUAUAUAAUCACAGGAUCAGAGGAGAGCCAUGGCAUCAUCCGAGAUCGAGUCGUGCAGCACAUGAACACUGACAUCACCACGAAGCUCCAACACUACCUGAACCAGAACGUUAAUGACUAUGUGACUGCCUCUGGAAUCUCACUGGAUGGAGUAUGGGCGACUGAUGCCUAG